UUCUACCAUUUUGAGUUUUGAAACUUUACUGCUUGCUCACAGGAAAAAAAAACUUAUCAUCUUCUUGUUGUAAAUUUACCGAGAGAGAGAAAAGGGAAGAGACAAGCCAGGAUCCGGGCAUAGCUGUACAGAUCCCCACACUCCAAAAGGAACCCUAAUCAUGCCUCCAGGUGCUAAGAAAAGGAAAGCUGCAAAGAAAAAGCAGCAACAACAAGAAGCAUCUUCUCCUCAAACCAAUCUCAUACCCACCACCAACCAUGAUUCGAGGGAAGAAGAUGCUGUCAGAACCGACAAGGAUACUGAUGAGCGUAUAGAGAUCACUGAUUCAAGCCGUGAUCGUGACAAGAAGAACUCUAGCAGUAGCAGUAAUAGCAGCAGCAGCAGCAGCUCGGAUGAUGAAUCCGGUGAAGUUAAGAAGAAGGAGAGUGGUGAAUCUGUUUCUGAAGCUGUUACUGUGAGUUCUGUGCCAAACCAACCUAUUCCAAUAGCUGGAGAUGCUCCUUUCAUGGGGUCUACUGCUAAUGUGAUUGUCGAGAGUAUCGGUUUGAUGGAUUCAACUACUCCUCCUAGUGGUACACUUACCUCAGACGAGAGUUCUCUUGCAUCUGAUGAGGUUAAGCAGGCGUCUUCAAGUGCAACCACCACUGCUAAAAAAGAAACUGAGGGAAAAACUUCGACUCUUGUUCCUGAAGGCAGCAAGGAGUCUGGAGCUACCAGUUCUCAUGAAGAAGAGGCUUCCGUGCUACCAAUGCAUGGAGUUGCGCAAAGAACCUCAUGGUUAAGUUGUUGUGGCUUGUUUGAUGUGGUCACAGGAUCCAGUAGAUAAACUCAGAAACAGUGUUUCCUUCGUGAGCUCAGAAGUGUUAUCACAGCUAAGGAUUCUCGGUUUUCUAUAUCAGGUUACCUGUGAAAAUUCAGUUACUUGAUGAAUAGUCUUAAGGCAGGCUUGUCUGUAGUUUCUGCUCUUUAUAUAAGUGGCUCUCUUCCCUUUUGCUCUGUUCGAUUCCUUGCUGUUGUUUUUGUUCUCUCAGGUUCUGAGACUUUGAGACAGUUGUUGGCCAAUUUAUGUAUGAUUAUUAUUUCUCUAGAGAAUGAGCUAACAAUAUAUUUAACAAUAA